AUGGCGCCUGUGGCAGUCUUUCAGGCAGCAUUCCUCUUGGCAUGGCUGCCUCUGAGCACUUACCAGAGCGAAGCAGUCUUGUCCGAACCUUUAUCGCUGAGUGUGCACAUCAAUUCCACACAGCAGAGUCUGCAUCUAAAAUGGAGUGUCCACAACAUGACUCAUCCGGAAUUACAAAUGGCUUUUCAGAUCGAGAUCAGUAGAAUGAACAAAUCCAAUGUCAUCUGGGUGGAGAACUACACCACCACUGUGCAUCAGGACCAGACCCUGCGCCGGAUGUGGAAAUCCGAGCUGCCUCUGGAAUGUGCCACGCACUUUGUAAGGAUACGGGGGAAGGAGGAUGAUCCCCGGAUGCCCCAGCGGAGGGUCUGGAGCAGCUGGAGCUCAUGGGUGAAGGCAGACGCUCAGAGUUGGCUUGGACCAGACCCGCUUGUUUUCCCCAAAGAGAAGCAGGUGGAGGAGGGCUCCGAUGUCACCCUCUGCUACGUCUCCCGGCACGUCCAGAGUCAUGUAGUCUGUACGCUGAAUGGCAUCCCGGUCCCCGGAGAGCAGCUGGACCCACACGUGUUCGUGGUCACCUUGAGGAACAUUUCCUUCGUUAGGAACACGGGAUCCAACUUCUUCUGCGAGGAAGACAGGAACCACACCCAACCAGGCCUCGUCAUCUUUGUCGCCAAAGUGCUGGAGGAGCCCAAGGGCUUCUCCUGUGAGACCAGGGACUGGAAGACUCUGAACUGCACGUGGGACCCUGGGAGCGACACUGACUCUUGGAAAUUCCCCUCCCAACGAAACUUGUUUGAAUCAUUUUCCGGGAAAAAUCAAUCCUGUGAACAAAAAAACUGGUGUUCUUGGCAAGUAGACUCACAAAAAAUAUACAACUUCACCCUCCUGGCUAAAAACGUCUUCAGGGAGAGGCGUGUCACUCUCCUCUUCCACCUGGCGCACCGAGUUCACCCGAUGACUCCCUUUAAUGUAGCCCUGAAAAGGGUAAGCGCCACAAAUGCCACCAUGACCUGGACGGUACAUCCCCUGGGGAAUAAUUUCACGCUUCUGUGUCAGGUGGAGCUCCAUGGUGAAGGACGAGUGGUACAACAACACAACGUUUCCACCUGGGGGAACGGUCAGUACUCCUUCCGCGGCCUGGCCCCCGCCACAGAGUACAGGGCCCGAGUGCGCUGCGCCACGGCCCAGCACUUCUGGAAAUGGAGCGAGUGGGCCGACCAGGAGUUCAGCACGCUCCAAGCUGCACCCUCCACAGCUCCUGAUGUCUGGAGAAGCGUGAGGCCGACGCUGGGAUCUUGUAAUGUUACUUUAUUCUGGAAGCCACUGUCCAGGUCGCAGGCCCAUGGGGAGAUCCAGUUCUACACCGUAGCCACAGAACUCCUGCACACACCCUCCAGCUCCCAGCUCUUUCCCAUCCCCUCUCCGGCCAACGGCACAGAACUCAGUCUCGACGGCUGCUCGCACCAAAUCCGCGUCACGGCCAGCAACGGGGCGGGCACGUCCCCCGCGUCUAUGAUGGUCAUCGCCAGGGACCUUGGGGACCCCUGGAACCCCGGGAACCAAACAGCGGAGGUGAAAGAAGGAAGAGCUCAAGGCACUGGGGACGGAGUCUCCAUGUCCUGGAAGCCGCCCCCUGGCAACGUCCUCGGCUACGUGGUGGAAUGGUGUGACGGCCCCCAGGACUCGCCCUGCGAUCUCCGGUGGGAAAGCUUGGGCCCCAAUGCCACCAGCACCGUCAUCAAGUCAGAUGCUUUCAGACCAGGGGUCCAAUACAACUUCAGGAUCUAUGGGAUUUCUCCGGAAAGGAUGGCCUAUUUGCUUGAGAGGAAGACAGGAUACUCCCAGGAACUAGCUCCUGCGGACAACCCUCACGUGACCGUAAACAACCUGACCUCCCACUCCUUCACCCUGAGUUGGGAGGAUUACGCCACCGACGCCCAGCCUGGCUUCAUCCGAGGCUACCGCGUCUACCUGCGAUCCCAGGCGGAGCAGUGCCUCCCGGGCUUCACGAAGGCGGUCCUCCCAGAUAACACCGCAUGCUGCAAACAUGACAUCGACAACCCAGAGCAAAAGACGUUUAUGGUGAAGAACCUGCAGCCAGAGUCCUUCUAUGAGUUCCUGGUCACUCCGCACACGAGGGCCGGCGAGGGUCCUGCCCAGGCCUUCACCAAUGUCAUCACCACCCGUGACCAGCACCCCCGUGUUCUGAUCCGCAUCCUCCUCCCCAUGGUUUUCCCCCUCCUGCUCCUCACCAUCCUGUGCUACGUGAAGAGUCAGUGGAUUAAGGAGACGUGCUAUCCUGACAUUCCAGACCCGCACAAGAGCAGCGUCCUGUCCUUACUGAAGCCCAAGGAGAGCCCCCACCCAUCGAUCAUGAGUGUCCGUGACUGCGUCCCCGACGCGCUGGAGGUGGUGAACAAGGCGGCCAGGAGGUCGCUGGCAGAAGUGGAGCGCCCGAAGCACGACUACCUUCACCUCCUGCCCACCGGGAGCUCCGCGGGCCUGGGCCCGGGCAUCUGCUUCGAGAACCUGACCUACAACCAGGCAGCCCCUGACGCUGGGCCCUGUGGCCCAUCCCCAGCGCCCCACCCUGCCCCCCCGGGGCAGGGAGGCCUGCUGACCUCACCUGGGGGCUUGCUGAGGUCCCCGAGCUACGUGAACUCCCCGGGGGAAUCCCCAGCCGGAGAGGCCCCUCUGAAUUAUGUGUCCCAGGUGGCUCCCCCCACGUCUGGACACAAGGACAGCCCCCCAACAGCCCUCCUGGAGCUCGCACCCCGCUCCGAGUACAGAACGCAAAUGGCCGUCCCUCCGGGCCUUGCCUCCCCCACCCCAGACGAGAAGAGCCAUCUCUGGGCCGUGAGCCUUCUGGAUGCAGGCGGACCCCGCCGCUAG